AUGGCAGCGACACCACCCUCCUAUACCAAAAUCACUCACUCUGCCACGUAUGCCGGCAUCAAUCCAACUCAGCCCGGCCUGUCCACGGCGGGCAAGGUUGUGCUGAUCACUGGCGCAUCUGGCGGCAUCGGCCGGGCCACCGCCGCAUCCUUUGCUGCAUCGCGUCCCCGAGCUCUCAUCCUCUUCGGUCGACGCGCUGACGCCCUGGCGGAAACCGUCACGACUGUUCGAGCCGGCCACGCAGAGGUGACCUUUCACACUCACACGGUUGAUCUGUGCGAUGCUUCGGGUGUACGCGAUGCCAUGAACAAGGUGGCUGCCGAGUUUGGCGGUAUCGACAUCCUCGUCCACUGUGCCGGCUCCCUGGCCCCCGUGGUUCCCCUUCUGCAAGCCGAUCCGGCUACUUUUCUGGACGGCUACAAGACUACUGUUGUCGGUACGCUGGUGACAGCACAAGCUGUCAUCCUGGCAAACAAGACGGUCAGCGCAGACACGGACAAGCCAGUCACCUUCAUCAAUCUGACCACAGCCGGCAUCCUAUUCCCCCCUUUUCCCGGCAUGGGCGCCUACCGGAGCAGCAAGAUGGCCGCAGUUCAGCUCUUAGACUCCUUUGCCGCCGAGAACCCGCAAGUGCGUCUUCACAAUGUGCAUCCGGGACUCCUCCAGACGGCUAUGUCUGCCAAGCUGGCUGAGACGAUAAAAUUGCCAUAUGCCUAUGAUGACAUGUCUCUUCCCGCCGAUUUCCUUGUCUGGAUUGCCUCCCCCGAAGCAGAGUUUCUCAGAAACAAGAUCGUUUUCGCCUCUUGGGACGUUGAUGAGCUCAAGGGUCGCAAGAAUGAAAUCGUCGGUUUCCGGCCGGGAGCCGGCGAGCUCGGCAUCGGCUACCAAGGAUUCCCUCGGUUUAUGGCUGGGGAGCCUUUGCCCGGCACCCAGUAG